AUGCCGGAAGCUGCAGAAGCAAUGCUUACAUUGCAAGCACAGAGCCUUCUCGGCAUGAUAAGAAGCUGCUACGAGAAGGCGGCCCCUUAUGUGAACGAGCUACAAAAGUACUCGACCCAGCUUCAUCAGCUUGAUCGGGCUGCAGCCGACCGAGACAUCCUCUGGAUUUUUAGCAGGUCUGCAAUGGUAUCAGACCGCGAAGAGAAGCAGAGCAAUAAGAGGAAGCUGCAGUCCUCCUCGGCUGUCAGAAUGGCGAAGAGAAGGAGAAGGAGCUCCUCCACCAGCCCUGCACCUCAUGAAUGUGAGAGGAAGGUGCAGUCCUCCUCGGCUGUCAGAAUGGCGAAGAGAAGGAGAAGGAGCUCCUCCACCAGCCCUGCACCUCAUGAACGUGAGAGGGAGGUGCAGUCCUCCUCAGCUGUCAGAGUGGCGAAGAAAAGGAGAAGGAGCUCCUCCACAAGCUCUGCACCUCAUCAAAAUGUCGGCCCAGAUGAGGUGACCAGUGAUCCAGAAGGUACUUCUGAGCCCGGCCAUGCAGAUCAGGCUUGCGAAUCAACUUCUGAGCCCGAAUCUGAUGAGUUGGACCUGCAGUCCAGCGAGGACGGCAAGCCUUCGAAGCCCCAGAAGAGGAAGCACUACAAAACAAGGAUUGCUACCAAGAGGCCCUCUGUACAACUGGCAGGCAUCGUCCCUGCAGAUGACUUGAAAGUUUGCCUGAAGAGUGCAUAUGCCUUUCUUCGUGCAGCUCAUCUGGAGUGUGAGUUUCCCUGCUUAGCUUUGCCCAGGACUGCAACAUGCAAGACGUUUGUUAGCUUCAUUGACUCCUUUGUUGCUGGGCAGCAGCAAUCGGCAGUGAGAAGUGGGUCGUCCUCCUCCUCGGAUGUGGAUGCUGCUGAAGAUGCUGAAGCUCGUGCAGUGGCAUCGUGCUCGCUUCAGUGCUGCUGUUUACUGGAAGCGCCUGAAAAGGUGCUGACCGGUCCAGGUGUCGGUGCAGGUGCAAGACGGUACCUGGGCGUGGCGCGGCCAUCGAUGAUGUUCCUCUGGCUGCAGCAGUGGGCAAGGGAAAACAGUCACCCCGUGCCGUCGUUCACAACAUUCUGCCGAGCAGUCCGAGAGUGCCGUGGGUGGUUGAAGUUCAGAAAGAAUGCUGGUGAACAUGCGGUCUGUGACACUUGCUGGCUGCUGGGCUGCACUGCUGGCUCGGUUCAUGUCCUGCCUAUUGCUGUGUCAGUUCAUGUCCUGCCUAUCGACCAGCGACCUCAGGAGCUUCAAGCAAAGGCUCCGGCAGCAUCUCAGACCCUGGAUGAUUACAUCAGGCACCUCAUGCUACAAUGGCAGGAUCGGGAGGCUGAUCUGCGAUGGGCAGCUCUUAGUGUUCAGCUACGAACAAGUUUGAGAAUGGGGGUCCGACUCCGGGACAUCCAGCGGUCCCUGAGUGUAGUCUUGAUCAGGGCCGACGGCCUGGACCAGGCAAAGCACAAGUGCCCAAGGUCUAUGACAAAGACACAUGGGUUUGAAGCCCUGCUGCGUCCAAGCUUGUCAGUGCUCAUGCUUUGGGCCCAGGGCCAUGCGCUGGGGUUCGAGAUCAAGGAUGCAGAUGUGUACAAGAAUACAAAUUCCAAUGUGGAGGGGAUUUCUCGGCUUCUCGACAAAGUCUACAACAACUGCAAUCGAGCACUUCCUGUCCACAUCUGCAUCGUACAGGACAACUGCAGUCGGGACUGCAAGAACGGUCUCCUCCUUUCCUGGUGUGUCAAGCUCCACAUAUUGCAGGUCUGCGAAAGGAUAAGCCUGCAAUACCCGAGCAAGGGGCACACUCACGGGCCACUUGACGGGCUCGGAGGCCAGGCUGUCACAAAGUGCAGCGCCUGCGAGUUCUCCGAUGCUGACAGUUUGGUGGAGAUCUACGAUGGCUUCUUGCAGCAGUCUACUGUGGAUGGGGGAGCAAGCUUCAGAGGUGCCUGGAAGGGCGAUGAGCAAGCCAACUGGCAGAGCUGGUGGGAGGAGGUCGGUUUGGUCUUCUCCAACCUGUUCGAGAUCACGACCUUGAAAGAUCUCGGCUACCUGCAAGACCGGGACAAAGUGGUUGCGAAAGCAUUGCAGGCUCACCGAGAAGGGUGCAUCAAUGAUGCUGCUCGUGAUUUCUUGGUCGGCUGGGCCAAGGGCACUUUGAGACGACACCCGCGACCUGCCCAGUAUGAGUUCUUGAACCACAACAGGCAUGCGUUUGAUGCUCUUGCUCCUGCAGCUGCAAGGGCUCCACUAGCACCAGAAGAGUACCGGCCGAUACAUGUGCAGGCAGAUGGAGGAGGCAACUUGCCCCCAGGGCCUGAGGACGAUGAAGCAGACGAGCUGCUGGAGUAA